GCCAAAUCCAGCAAGCUAGGCAUCCAUAGCUUUAGAUCGCUGCCGAUCCGGUGCCAAAGUCAUGGGUUAUUGACUUUAGGACUUUACAGCAAUUUUGCUUCCCUAGAUUGACCACUGUCGCCUGCUGGAUCUGGCGCUCCACUCGAAUCGCCCUUGUGUCACCACAUGUGAUGUCACUGGACGAUUUCAGCUGGAGCCUAGUAUACGCAACUUCCUCGACUCACAUCAGAUUUCAGUCAUCAGAAGAACUAGACACAUGAUAUGUCUGGCAACAUUACUUGCUCCCGCGCGCUUCAUGGAAACUUUGGAGCCUGAACUAAUACUUCCCCCAUGUCGACGUAUAUCUAACCCUCAUUCCACGACACCUGUCUCCUGCUCUGAACCAUAACCAGCGAAAACCACAUUACAUCGUACAAAAUGAGCGGCAUUCACAGGUUUCUUACUAGGCGCGAGCGAAAUAGCAGAGAUGGAAAGAAAGAUGAGUCUUCGAAUAUUCUUUCCCGCCCUCUUUUCCGUGGCUUCUUUUCGUCGACUCAAGCGCCAGUAGAUGCAGAUGAGGAACAAAAGAAGGUCAAACUCCUUGAGCGUCGCAUUGCGCAGCUCGGUAUCACCAAUCUUAAAGAGGAACACUUCGGUUAUGCUCUACAAUCAUCACAUGCACAGGGCGAUGUGGACAGAGCGUUUGACUUGCUGCUACUUCUCGAGGACUCUAUAGAAGGAAUCAUAAGGGGAUAUACGCCAAGUACAAAGCUCCUAGGAGCCGAGAACCGACAAGGAGUCACCUGCUAUUUAGACGCACUUCUUUUUGCGAUGUUUGCUCGAUUAGAUUGUUUUGAGGCUAUCCUAUACAAAUCCUUCAACGACGAGCCUCGUCGAAAACUUGUCAUACUAUUAAGGCUCUGGGUCAACAUGCUGCGGUCAGGAAAACUUAUAACGACGGAUAUUACCAAACACCUGCAGGACGCACUAGCUGAAUGUGGCUGGGAAGAUGCUGCCAGGCUACGCCAGCAGGACACGUCGGAAGCAUUCACGUUUAUUACAGGAAAGCUGGAGUUGCCCCUCCUUACUCUAAAAAUGGACAUCUAUCAUACAGGAAAAGAAGAUGCGAGCGAUGACCACAAGUUUGUCAAUGAAAGGUUAUUAGAGGUUGCGAUACCAGAGCCACAUGAUGGAAGCACUGUCACACUCGAGGAAUGUUUGGAGUCGUACUUCAACAAUCGGAUAGAAGUGAAACGACACCUUGAACGACGUAACACCGUGGGAUCCACUAAAUCAGUAGACUCCCUAUCGAAGGGUUUCACGGCGCACGUCGAGACAGUGGAGAUUAGCCCAUCCCCCUCGACAUCCCCAACAACCCUAUCACCUCCUCGACUUGAUGAAGUGACCCCAAUCACGUCAGUGACAGAAUCAAGUGGCUCUAACACACCUAAACCCAGGCGAAGCAGCAUCGUUCAAGAACGUUUUAUUCCUGGCCCAGAAGGCGAUGGAAACGUGACAUCACAACGAAGAGGCUCAUAUCGGAAAGAAGUCAUGAUGCCCGCAUGGCAAUUCUUUAGUUUGAUACCUUGGUAUACGGAUAAUACGCCGACCAAUGAUGCGCAGGUCGCAGCACAUUUCUCGUCAAAACGACCAAUACUCGGCAUGUGCCUAAAGCGUUAUUCUAUGUCACCAAACGGUAAAGCCAUCCGACUUAAUACCUUCAUUGAUAUACCAACUGAGAUUGGACUACCCCAUUUUAUCCAAGAUGAUAACUUGGAUGAAGAGGGCCCGAUAUACGGGAAUUUUAAACUGUCCUUGCAGGCAAUGAUUUGCCACAGAGGCAGCUCGGUUGACUCAGGGCAUUACAUUGCUAUCGUCAGGGGCACCAGUGCUGGUGCUCCCCCGACUAGCUCUCAUAGCUCGGAGACAGCUUUUUCGGAUACCCCCCAAUAUUGGAUGCGCUUUGAUGACUUGGCCGCAGAGCGUGUUACUUUAGUUGAUAUUGAGCGAGCCCUGAAGCAUGAGUCGCCGUAUCUUCUAUUUUACCAAAUCCUGCCGGUCAAUGAAGAUGCUGCAGCGGUCAAUUUGCCAGACACGGCACCUUCUUCAGAGAUGUCGGAUGAUGUUCAGGAAAUAGAUACUUCAGCAAUAUCCCAGAAAUUAAGCACUUCGGGGAAUGAUCUUCCUGAAAGUUGCCGUACGGAGGGACUCCGCUCAAACAGGCCGAGCUUUGAAAUCACCGCCCCAGAUAAUGCAGAAAUCCUGCCCCUGGAACAGAAUGACAGAAAACAUAGUGUGGCCUUCUCCGACGCAGUUGAGUCGAAUGCCUCUGGAGGACUUCAGGUAGGAACUGUUCCGUCGAUGUCACCGAGACUUGCCCCAAAAGACGACGAUAGAGGAAGGAAUUCCUUCUCGUUUUCUCGGCAUACCUCAAGGAACCGGAGAAGCGCACCUGGCAGCCGUGCAGGAAGUCAAACUAGCGAAAGCAGAAUUAGUGCUACAUUCUCACGUUUUACCGGUCGACGCAGCAGGGAUAAGGUCAACAGCGAUGGCUUCUCGACUGAGGAUGAUGAGUUUACCGUUGAGAAUAUGCCGCCAGGCGAGGGAGCUAUGUCGGCAAGCAGUGAAACCAACGAGAAAAGUCCUACACGCGGAAAGGACAGUACCAAGAGCAAAGGGAAGUCCAAGGAGAAAAGGGAGAAGCGUGGGCGAAAGCUGGAGCGGGAGUGCUCUAUAAUGUGAACGACGACUCUUUGACACUUUCAUGAUUGAUGUUUUUCAUGAUCCCACACUUCUAGAAAGAGGCACUUGAUACCCAGCCACUUGUCUUAUUAUUUAUCUCAGUCAUGCAAGUUCGGGACGGUGUUGCUGUGUAUAGACUACGAGUGAAUGCAUUAGAAAUAGAUGGUAGGAGUGGGAUUCUGUAUGGCAGGAAGUCUGUAUGUGGUGCGGUGCAUUGUAUUUAUCCAUAGUAGACUGGUCCACAGUAGGUAAAUGGACGUGUUAUAAUGAAUGCUUCA